GGGCGCCACAGAGAGAAACAAGCGUGCGAAGCUGCGCUCAUUCCUUCUCAUCGUGGGUUUCAAGACACGCACUGUGUAAGGUGGAAGUAACUUUUGUCCUGCACAGAAGAGUUCUAAACCACCCGGAAUACACAUCUGGUCAGAAGAGUCACGGCAAACGAUAACCAUGUCGGCCUCAUCGGCGAAAGUCAGUAGGAAGGAUAAUUCAAAUCACGACGGAGCGGACGAGACCUCUGAAAAAGAGCAACAGGAAGCAAUUGAACACAUUGAUGAGGUGCAGAAUGAAAUUGACAGACUGAACGAACAGGCAAGUGAAGAAAUUUUAAAAGUAGAGCAGAAGUACAACAAAUUACGUCAGCCAUUCUUUCAGAAGCGAUCAGAACUCAUAGCCAAAAUCCCCAACUUCUGGGUCACAACAUUCGUCAACCACCCACAAGUUUCAGCUCUUCUUGGGGAGGAGGACGAAGAAGCGCUUCAUUACUUGUCGAGGGUGGAGGUCACUGAGUUUGAGGAUAUCAAGUCCGGAUAUAGAAUAGAUUUUUAUUUUGAUGAGAACCCAUACUUUGAGAACAAAGCCCUCUCCAAAGAGUUUAAUGUAAACGAGAGUGGAGACCCUGUUUCCAAAUCAACUGAAAUCAAAUGGAAAGCUGGAAAGGACCUGACGAAGCGCACAGGUCAGACGCCAAACAAAGCUGGGAAGAAAAGGCAGCAUGAGGAGCCAGAGAGCUUCUUCACCUGGUUUACUGACCAUUCAGAUGCAGGGGCUGAUGAGUUGGGAGAAGUGAUCAAGGACGACAUUUGGCCUAACCCACUGCAGUACUAUCUGGUCCCUGACAUGGAGGAUGAGGAAGGAGAUGGCGAUGAUGAUGAUGAUGAAGAGGAGGGUCUGGAAGAUAUUGAUGAGGGGGAGGAAGAGGAAGGUGAAGAUGAGGAUGAGGAUGGUGAUGGAGAAGAUGGAGAGGAUGACGGUGAGGAUGAUUAAAUGUUUCAGCCAAGACCGUUUCCCAGGCCUCCCUCUGUGAUCAUCCUAAAACUCAUGGGAACAAUUUUUUUGGUGAGGUGGGUGGGCGGGCAGUAGGGGUCUGGGUCUGGGUCUGAGCCUGUUUGUUUAAAGAGAGAAUUUUUUUUCCCCAUAUGUUGUCAGCCUGUCUGUCCUCUUCCUCUGCAGCCAAGGCCUGUCCAUAAUGCCAUGUAUAAAGACCAGCUCCAUACACAGCAGGUCUACAUGGGUUGUAGUGGGGUGGGGGUGUCAGUGGCUCUCACCUGUCAUUGUUUCUCUACAUCUCCCAAAGACAUGCAAAAGGAUUAAAAAAAAUUUGUAGCAUUCUGCACGUCAUUCUACGUAGAUUUAAAAUACGUACAAUAGCAAUUUUUAUGUAAGAUAUGAAAUGACAGUUUCUGUUGAAGUUGUGAGUUCAAUAAAAUAAGCCAUGGUGCAGUGAUAACUCAAUCAUAGCAUCCUUAGCCACUUUUAUAUAUAAAUGUAUAUUAUAAUAUAUCCAGUGGUGGGGGGUACUAAGGCUUAUUAGAAGUUGCAUUUUCCUUUGUGACUUAUUGUACUAAUGGAACUGAUUGAAAGCACCAGCUCGUUACUUUCAACUGUUGUAAAUGUUUUUGAGAUAUACAUGUAUCUUGGUAAGACAGUUAUUAAUGGUACACAGUUUAAUGGGGGAGGUGUGGUGGGGCAUCAGGGCUUUGACACCAACUCUGGAUUUCUGUUAAAUAAAUUUUCAUUAUCUUGUUUUUCAGGCACCCACAACAAAGUUUGAAAUGUACAUUUUUUAUAAAAACAACCUAAAAAUCUAAUUUUGGGUUUGGCUUAACAUUUUGAGAUGGGAGAGAAAAAUAUUUCUGUGGGGUCCUCUCUGGAGUCUGCAGCAUUUUUCCUGUUCCACUGGAAACCUGUUCACAUUAAAUUAAGUGUACCAGUUGCUUUGUUACAAUAAAUAAAUGUGUACAUGA